AUGAACUGGACCGAAGGGGCUUUGGCUCGUCAUUCGCGAGGAAGAGGCUGGAAUCCGGAGCUCGCGAAGCAGAGGCAGUACUUUGCAAAGGCUCGAGCAGGGUUUCGGGUCACCUCGAAGCCGGAUCUUGCCUCUAUCUCAAUUCUUCCUCGACGGCCCGAAUCGCCUACGGUGCGUCCUGGUAAACAGCCGUCAAGGACUUUGAUGGAGAGCUCGCCGCAUUUUCAGCACCGACAGAGCCCGCAUGGAGAUAAUGGAGAACGCCAUGUCGGCCAUUCGCUCCACCAGCGUCAGCAGGAGGUCAAACCAUCCAUGGAUGGUCGUGGUUUUCCCAAACCUCACGGAUCGAUGCAUACGAGCGCCAAGCGAAGGCACAUUGUGGGCGAUGAAGAAGCGUUGGAUGUGAAGAGACGGCGGUUGUUACAAAAGGCUGACUGGGCCGGCAUCAACGUCCCAAAACCAAUACCCUUCCAUUUCUCGGCCCAUCUGGGGCUUUCGCAAGAAACAUAUGACUGGGCAGCCCGCUCCUUUCGUUCAGAAGAUUAG